UGACGUCAUCAACAGACAUAGGGCCCCGAGCAAAUCUGACCACCCGAGCAGAUACUUUAAAGCAAAUAAGAGAAAGUGCCAAAGCAACAUGGCGGAAGGGAAAGUAGGCGAGAGUGGUGUUGUUAACCAGUUAACUGACAUCAUAGAGUCACAGACCUCCGCCGAGGAUGACAGCUCGGAAAGUUCUGCUGCUGGUAACCAGGACCUCAGAAGCGUCCUGGUUACCAGUGUUUUAAACCUGGAGCAGCUGGACAUUGACCUCUACAGGGGAACACACCACUGGGUGCCCAGUGCUCAGCGCUUAUUUGGAGGUCAGAUCAUCGGUCAGGCUCUUGUGGCUGCUGCCAAAUCUGUCAGUGACAAUCUGUACGCCCACUCCCUCCAUUGCUACUUUGUACGACCAGGGGACCCUACGGUACCAGUGCUAUACCAGGUGGACCGCACUAGAGAUGGCCGCAGUUUCACAGUACGCUCUGUGAAAGCCAUCCAGCAUGGACAACCCAUACUGAUCUGCCAGGCUUCCUUCCAGGUGCUGCAGCCGAGCCCCCUGCAGCACCAGGUCCCUAUGCCAGUGGUUCCUCAGCCUGAAGACCUGCUCACUGUUGAGGAACUUAUCCAGCGUUAUCUCAGUCAAGCAGACCUGACAGAGAGUGCAAAACAUGGCCUCAACAAACUUCUGGCUAAUGAGGUGCCCAUUGAGAUGAAGCCUGUCAGCCCAGCACACUUUUACAGAUUUGCUUCAGGAGAACCAAGGAGGCUGUUCUGGGCGAGAGCGCGAGGAUAUAUUGGUGAAGGUAACAUGAAGUUGCACUGCUGCGUCGCUGCCUAUGUGUCCGAUUAUGCCCUCCUGGGCACGGUACUGCUGCCGUACUCCAAAUACAAGGCUCGCUUCAUUGCCUCCCUGGACCACGCCAUGUGGUUCCACAGCACCUUCCGCAGCGAUGAGUGGAUGUUGUACGAGUGCGACAGCCCAUGGGCAGGCAGCAGCAGGGGACUGGUUGAGGGCCGACUGUGGAGAAGAGAUGGAGUCCUGGCUGCCUCAUGUUCUCAGGAAGGGGUCCUGAGAGUGAAGCCAGUCACAGAGAACAGCAAACUAUAGCUGCUUUUAAUGUGUUUUUAUUGAGCUAUACUUAGAAUUCCUUCUAUUGUUUGUAAGAAAAACAGAAUUAACUCUUGAUUUUAUGGAAGGAUUGGUUUUACUGAGCUCAGGCAUGCACAACACACAUUUUAAAGAGCUGUAUACGUUCAUGGUGGGAAAAGUACAAGUUGUUUUACUUCUAGGGUUUUUCAUAUCGGGAGAUAAAAAGGAUCUGGUCUGAAGCAGUUUCUUCAAUGAUUUAAAUUUAAAUUGAAGUGCAUAGAAAUACACACCAGAUUCCACGUUGUCAUUAGUUAUUAAACAAAGAUGAGUCCAGGCGGAAAAGUACUUUCCAUGGUUUUCCUGAGGAGGAAUACCUAGAAGUCCUUCAUUCACUCUCCCUGACAACAUGCUUCUGAUCUUUGAGGUUUGCAAACAUUUGUUUUUGCAUCACUUAAGGUUCCACCACUAUAGUAUUUCCCUCAGGUUCACUUCUGGACUUUGACUGGGCCAUUCUGUGGUAGAUUUGUUAGUUUAUUUGGGAUCAUUGUCUUUUUCGGCCUAGCUUCAGCUGAUGGACCGAUGGUCUCAUGUUUGACUCGAACAAUACUCGAAAUACUCGAAAAUUGUUCAUUGCUUCCAUGUUGGCAUUCUGCUAACACACACCUGCAUGCUCCAGACCAGGAAACAAAUCUCCUGAUUUCAAACAGGGGGUCCAGAUGAUGAUUAUGGAUUGUAGCACCUCGCUGUGAACUUUCUCUUUUAUGUCCUAUGGAAGCACUGAGGGUAUGAAAAACCCUGGAAUUGCAGUAGGGUGUACUUUCUUUUUACCAUGACCGUGUGUAAAUUUAUAAGAUUGUCUUUCAGCUUGAAAUGCUAAGAUGUCAGUAUGAAUAUUUUUUAUUUAUUAAUGAUUGUUGGAUACAUAUUGGCACAGAUUGAAGAGGUUGCCACGGAAGGGGGCUUUUUAUUUGUCUUGGAGUCUCUAUGAUGCCAACUGCUGCAACACAUCUGACCUGUGGUAACAUUAAACAAACUAUGGUAACUUGUUUUAAUGAAUCCUUUUUUUAAGACGGGUAUCACAGAAGUCAGAGCUGUUGUAAAUAUUGCACUAAUGUGUUUUCUUUGUGUUUAGCUUGAAUAUAAGAAAUGUAAAAAAAAGAACGGUGCACUGUUUUAGUUGAAUUAAAAGGUUUUAAAUUGAAAA